CAGCCCUGCGCAGACCCCAAGAUGAAGACCCUGCUCCUGACGCUUGGCCUGGGCCUGAUCAUGGCCCUGCAGGCCCAGGGCGCCCCGGCCUCAGAGGAGCCAGACAUGUCAGGGAAGUGGUAUGUUAAGGCCAUGGUCACAAACAAGGGGAAAUGGGCGAAGAUGUUCCCCAUGAGAUUCUCGGUGCUGAGCAGCGGGGACGUGCAGGCCACCUUCACGUCCAUGAUGAGCAGUCAGUGCCAAGAGCUAGAGACCGUCCUGGAGAAAACCGAAGUGCCUGGCGAAUACCGCGCCUUUGGGGGCCUGAGCCGCCUGCACGUGGAGAGCUCCUCCGUCGUGGACCACCUGCUGUUUUACAGUGAAGGACAGUACGAGGGGGAAGCAUUCAGAGUAGCCAAGCUCAUGAGUAAGAACCUCAACAUAAACUCGGAGGCCCUGGAGGAAUUUAAGGCAUUCGCUCGGGAUCGGGGAUUCCCAGAGAAAGACAUCUUCGUGCCCCUGAAUAUAGAAAGCUGCGCUCCUGGACAACACUAG